AUGUUCACUGGCCAAGUCUUAAUGGAACUAUUCGUUGGCAAAGACGACGUCAUCAAGGACUUCAAAGAAGAAGACUUGGCGUGUCCCAAGGACCUCAUCUGUACAUCCGUCAACUGCCAGGGCCAGAAGGAGGUAAAGAACCUCGGAUGCAGAUGCGGAAUCGUCAACUAUCCCUACGUCUGGGAGGUACCACAAGGAUACAUGGAUGCGCAAUAUGAAUGGCUCGAGGAGCUCAUCAAGCGAGCCGACGAGCCUGUGCUUGAAGCUGAAUGCAAAAGCGAUUUGCAAAGGUUUGAUAAAGAAACGCUAGGCGCCGCGAAUCCGGAUUCUUCACAAACCUUUGACCCCAGAUCCAGCUUUGAAGGGUAA